CUCGUGACGUCACAUUCUUUUUCGCCCAUGUUGGUUACGCCGUGUGGGGCUGAGACCGGUGAAGAUAAUCAUGUCGACCCUGCAGAAAGCCGAGAGUCCUGUGUCGCCAGGCUGUAGUGGUAGCAGCAGCCAAUACAAGGGUGGUAUUAUAAAAGAAUUCCGGGUCGUUCUGCCUGUUUCUGUUGAGGAGUACCAAGUGGCUCAGCUCUACUCUGUGGCGGAGGCCAGCAAGAAUGAGACGGGUGGAGGCGAGGGUAUUGAGGUGAUAAAAAACGAACCCUUCUCCCCUACUGAGGGGGUACAACCUCCCGACCCCCUUCUUGGUGGUGAUUUCAACACUGGGCAAUACACUUAUAAAGUCUACCACUUGCAGAGCAAAGUGCCAGGAUAUAUUCGUGUAUUAGCACCGAAGGGAAGUCUAGAAGUACAUGAAGAGGCAUGGAAUGCCUAUCCUUACUGCAGGACAGUGAUAACGAAUCCGGAGUACAUGAAGGAUGCUUUCCAUAUUGUGAUAGAAAGUCUCCACUUACCGGACAAGGGGAACACAGCUAAUGCCCAUCGACUGACUCCUGAAGAACUGAAGCACUUGGAUGUCUGCAAUAUUGAUAUAACUGACAAAGUUUCCUCAUCGGACUACAAGAAAUCCACUGAUCCGAAGUUAUUCAAGAGUCAGAAGACAGGAAGGGGCCCAUUAGAUACUCCCAACUGGAAGGAAAAUGUUGACCCAGUUAUGUGUGCAUAUAAACUGGUUCGGGCCAAAUUCAAGUGGUUUGGUCUGCAGACUAGAGUUGAAAAAAUGAUCAUGAAGCAAGAGCAGCGUUUGUUUACCAAUUUCCACCGAGAGGUGUUCUGUUGGAUGGAUCAGUGGUAUGGUUUGACAAUGAGCGACAUUCGGGCUCUGGAAGAUAAGACCAAGGAAGAUCUUGAUAAGAGUCGCCGUACGGGUGAUGUACGUGGCACAUCAGCAACUGAUAAUUGAAGAUGGUCAUGCUUAGCAAGUUUUCCCAUCGUCUGAGUGCUGCAAGAGCGACACAUCGUCACACCAUUCACAGAGCAUAGACUUUACUCAGCCGCAAACCAUUUUAGUCUUUUGUUAUUUAUAUUUCCUUUGUUUUUACAUCCUGUUGUGUGAUGUUAAAAGGCUUUACUUGUUGCUCUCUGUUUAAAAAAACUGCCAGUAACCAUGGCAACUGAUAGUGAUAUACGAAUAAUUAUUCCACUUCACAUUAAUGCUGUGAUUUAGAAUCAUCACUGAAUGAAAUUUAAAAAAAAUGUUUUUCACUACAAAGUAUAUUGUCAAACCUGAAAAGUUCACUGAAACAAAAAGUGAUUUGAAAUUUUAUUAGCACCAUAUACAUAUGAGAGAAUAUGAGGUCGAAAUAUUAAAAAAGGUGUACAAUUUGCCCCUUGAUUUAACGAAAAUAAAAUAUCAACGAAAAUAAGAUCAGUACAGAUGAAAGUAUUGGUUGAAUUUAACACAAGUUUGUGGAAAAACAGUAAUAUGAAGUUUUGUACUUAAUGGUCAAACAAACAUGAAUCAGAGAUAAGUUGUAAAAAAACUUUCAGGAACUUGUUUAAACUUCACACAUAAUCAUGCUGCCUGUAAACUAUUCUAUCAUUAAUCGACACAGCAUAUAUCUGAUUCUUUUCAGUUUGAAUGCCAGUCUGUGAUGCCUUAGCGUUUCUGUUCUUUGAGUACAAUCAUGAUGAGUUAAGUGUUGUGUAGCACACUCCUGGAUUAAAGCUCUAUUUUAGUAAAUGAUAGAACAUGACUUUGAUACGACGUACUUAGAAAAUGCUAAAUUUGCACCUAUUUAUUUAUACCUAUUGCUCUGCGAGAGUGGUAAAGAGUAGGGGUGUCACGAUAUACCUAAAUCACAUGUUGAGUACGUAUCAUGAUACUUCAGUGAUGUACCAAUAGACAGUAUGUAUCAUGAUAGUUUAGUUUCUGCCGUUUUCACUUCUGUGUUCCAAGUGGGUUGGGGCGGUGGGGUAGCCUAGUGGUUAAGGCGUUCACUCAUCAACGCCGAAGACCUGGGUUUGAUUCCUCACAUGGGUACAGUGUGUGAAGCCCAUUUCUGGUGUCCCCUGCUGUGAUAUUGCUGGAAUAUUGCUAAAAGUGGCGUAAAACCCGCUGGUAUGACUUCAACUUCUUCGAGCAUCAUAUCAGAUUUCUCAAAGUCGUUUAGUGAUGCUAGUUUCAGCAGAUCUCAGGCAGUUUGACUUUUUACAUAAAGUAUGCAUUCUUUUUGUCAAAUUAUGAAUCUAUACAUGGGUAGUUGCAUCGCCAGGUGUACGUUUGGGAUACAUCGGUGAGUCGUGACACCCCUAACAUACACCCAAUGAUAGACAUGUCUCACUUAACAUAGGUUAUGGCACUGUGAAUAUUACUGAUAUGUGUGCACUAAGAUAUGUAUGUAAAUUUGUAUGUAAUUGCUGUGUCCAGUGUUUGCAGAGAUAUACAUUGACAUACGUCCACCGAUUCAGAACAAGACAAUGUUACAUGUACAGUGGUAGAACUCACUGGCUCUUAUACCUUGAUCACAUAAUUGCAUAGUCAUUGGUUUGGAGCAAAGCAAAGAAAGAUUCGGGACAUUUUUCUUUGCAGCCGAAACCAAGUUUGUUCAGGUACGCUGUAGGCAAAACACAUUUGCGGCUUUCAUAAAUGGGGUGGAGGUUGUGGGUCACAGAAAUUUAAGCAUUGCGAGUAAGUCCUAACAUUUUAACUAUACUUAAACUUUAUUGAUUUAUCUGUAAUAGAAAGUGAUGGACUACAUUUUCAAAAAUACUAGUUCCUAAAAUUUAUGAAUUAACUUCAUAGAAUGUCGAAAGUUUGUGUGAAUGCCUUAAUGCUUUUGAUGAAACCACAUUGUUGACACCUCACUGUGAUGUAAUGAGAUGUUACUGGUUUUGUAAACAAGUCUAGUGUUAAGAUUACAAUGGCCAGAAGGCAUUAUUGCAGAUAAUAUGGGAGAAAUAUGUGUGCACCAUAAAAAAGUGUUCAUCAGUCUCAUUGCCUUACAGUUCGAAUCUUUUUUGAAGUGAUCACAAUGAAUUAUUUGUAUGUGUAUAACUGGUGUAAUGCUGACAUUGACUGACUCAUGUUUCAAGUAAAUCUAUUUCCUGUAUGUGUAUGUCGGACAUACUGUUCAUGUAAUGACAAGUAUGAUGGACUACGUGUACUGUGUCCAUGUAAGAAUAGAUCUCGGGAGGAACAGAGGCAUCGUAGCUUGCUGUGCAGAGUUGCGUCCCUUUGCGUACCAGGAUCCAUUCCAAGUGUCCUCUUGUGAACCUCACUCUACCAGCAUCAUGCCAUGUUUGUGGGUAACUACGAAAUGGUAAAUGUCUUCAGCCGGCAUCACUUCAAGAUCCCGAUAUGGAGACAGUCCGUUAUGUUUAUCCAGGCUCACACCUUGUGUUCUAGAGCUUCUGUUGAUAAUAAAAGCACUGCAAGUACUGUAGAGACUUUGUUUGCAAACUCAUGACAACCCGAAAAGUAUUUUCUUAUAAACUCUAUGGUAAGUGUACAAAAGCUGAGAGGGCACAGUUAGGCUGCCUAAUAGUUAAAGCGUCCACUUUUCACACUGGAGUUUGAUUUCCCACAUGGGUACAAUAUGUGAAACCCAUAUCUUGUGUCCCAAGUUGUGUCUUUGCUGGAAUAUUGCUAAAAGUGGCAUUGAACCAAACUUCACUCUAGUUGCUGAAGUGGCAUGAAGCAAAGAUGGAUUGUUGGAUCAGAACAUCCUUCCCUAAAGUGAUCUUACCGCUAAGAUGAUCGUAACUCCCAUACUCUAACAUAGACUUACGACAAUCAUCGUGCCAAGAUCGCUUUGAUGAACAAGCCUCAGGGUGCCAUUGGACGAUGUCAUCUCAGCACUGACGUGAAUGUAACUCCCUUACCUUAACAUAGACCUCAGUUUUAGCGCAACGGUUUUGUACAAUGACACCCUGGUUUGAUAAUGUGGUAAUAAGAUCAGAAUUGUGUCAUUUCUAAAUCUGCAGAGGAAACUGAUAUAUUUAUUGUAAGUACAUGGUCAUAUCAGAAGUGUUAAUAUUGAGACUGGGCCAGGCAGGAUUGUAAUUGUAGCGCAGACUAGGUUUGCGAAGACUAAAUGUCAUUGCCUGUAAUGUAACCUAAUGAAUAAAUGAUAUGGACCAUUA